AUGGCCCAACAAUUCGUCGGAAAGUGGAACUUGAUCGAAUCUGACAACUUCGAUGCCUACAUGAAGCAGGUCGGUGUUGGACUCAUUACCCGUAAGAUGGCCGCCACCUUGAAGCCUCUGUUGGAGAUCUCAGUCGAGGGUGACCAUUGGAAAUUGCACAGUCAGUCCACCUUCAAGAACGUCCUCACCGAGUUCGAUUUGGGCAAGGAGUUUGAGGAAACCACCGCUGAUGGCCGUGUUCUGAAGGUAAGAGCUGUUUUUAUUAUUGAUUCCGACUUUUAGACACCAAAACUUCUUUAUAAAUUUUAAUGAAGAUAAUCUUGAAACUUUUCAGAGCACCUUCACCUUUGAAGACGGCAAGCUCAUUCAAGUGCAGAAGAAGAUCAAAGACGGAGACAAGGACAGCCGCUUCGUCCGUUACAUUGAAGGCGACAAGUUGAUAAUGGAAAUGGAAAGCGAGGGUGUCAAGGCCAAGCGAGUGUACGAGCGUGCCCAGUAA